UCGAUACACGCCUGCCUGCCUGCCCGCUUGGCUAAGGGUGAGUUGGUUUGCUUUUGGCGGGUUUGCGUUGGACUAAAUAAUUUUUAAAAUAAAAUCAGUCCGACCAACACUUUACUGACUUCAGAGCUUUGGCUUCUUAAAAUAAAGAAAGCGAGCGGCACGUCCCCAGGCGCACACAGGACCGCGGCUGUUUACUAUGCCUGGUGUUGUUACGGGGCGCAGGCUGAACAGUUUGUCUUAAUUUUACUUGAAAUUCGCCGCUUGAAUCUGCAGGGACAGCAUCGAAGAAGACGAGAAAAUGACGGAGGAAACGCAGGAAGUGUUAAACAACGAGAGGGAACUGUCGGCGAUCAACGCCAAAGCGUUCCUGCUACAGAACAGCACCAAGUCCUACACGAAUCUAUACGACCACCUGACUCGUGUCCUAACCAAAAUCUUAGAUGAGCGUCCGGAGAACGUGGUGGAUGUGUUUGAGGACAUCAGUAAGGACGUGAAGGUGUCACGUUUUGCGAAAAAGCUGGACGCCCUUCAAGACGAGCCCGAGCAUCUUGCCGCUUUCGAGGCAGCAGAGGUUCACAAGACAUUGUACUCCAAAGGUGGCGAUGGCUCGGAAGCAGAGCCUGAGGAUGAAACAAUUGAAACUCCGCUGCCCAAUGUCAUGGAGCUGGCCUUCUACUUUGAGCAGGCAGGUGUCGGUCUGAGUCGGGAUGAGACAUGUCAGAUCUUCCUGGCCUUGAAACAGCUGGUGGACACACACCCUCUGCAGAAAUGCCGUUUCUGGGGCAAGAUUCUCGGCAUCAAGGGUAACUACAUUGUAGCGGAGGCAGAGUACCGGGAAGGUGAGGAGGAAGAAGAUGAAGGUCUGGAGGAAGAGAAUGAAGGUGCCGAGAAAGAGGAGAACAGAGACGACGAAGAGCAGAAGGAAGAACAAGAAGAUAUGGACCCAUUUCCCAAGUCUACUUACAGACCACCGCCCGUCGUUCCCAAAGAAGAAAACCGCAGUGGGGCUAACAAGUUCACAUACUUUGUGUGCAGCGAUCCUGGAAAACCUUGGGUCAAGCUGCCCGCUGUGACCCCAGCACAGAUUGUGGCAGCCCGAAAAAUUCGCAAAUUUUUCACUGGCCAGCUGGACACUCCCAUUGUCAGCUUCCCCCCAUUCCUGGGCGAUGAAUCUAAUUAUCUGAGGGCCCAGAUUGCCCGCAUUUCAGCUGGUACCCAGGUCAGCCCACUGGGCUUCUACCAGUUUGGAGCAGAGGAAGGUGAGGAGGAGGAAGAGGUGGGCAGGGACACGUAUGAGGAAAACCCGGAGUUUGAAGGGAUCCCCGUUCCGGAGAUGGCAGAGUCGCUGGCUAGCUGGGUCCACCAUGUGCAGCACAUCCUUCCUCAGGGCCGUUGCGUCUGGGUCAAUGUGUCACAGAAAAAAGGCGAAGGAGAAGAAGAGGAGGAGGAGGAAGAGGAGGAGAAGGAGGAGGAGCCUGAUGAGCCUGAGCCUGAGGUGGGCCCCCCACUGCUCACCCCUCUGUCAGAAGAUGCAGAAAUUGACACCUUGCCUCCAUGGACAGGGAAGGUCUCGUCCAGCCUCAUUCCUCAGUACAGCAUCGCAGUGCUUCGCUCGAACCUUUGGCCUGGCGCCUAUGCGUUUGCCACAGGAAGGAAAUUUGAGAAUAUUUACCUUGGCUGGGGUCUCAAGUACAUAAUGGACAACUUCGCACCCCAGCUGCCGCCUCAGGUCCAGAUGGAGUACACGAGUGGACCAGAAAUCACGGAGGCCGAAGACCCCUCUGUGGAGGAGGAGCAGGCGAUGAAAGCUGCCCUGGAGGAGCAGAAGGCUGAAGAAGAAGAAAUGGAAGACAUGGAGGAAGAGGCCGAAGAUGACGACUAACUGGGUCAACACAACGUCCGGGUCCUCGGGGCACUCGCUCGUCCCAUUAAAUGCCAUAAAAGUCAA